AUGCCUGAAAAUACAUUAGUAUAUGAAGCAUACAAGCUUGGUAUUAAGAUGCAUGAUUCUGGUACUAAAAACUGGGAUUUUAUUUGGUUACCUGAAGUAAACAAGUCAGCUAACGCUUAUUAUGAACAGCUUUUAAAGAUACAGCGUCUUCCAGAUAUUUUGAUACAUGGAUCAGCUAGUUGGGCGAUAAAACAAAACAGUGGAAGUCCUGAAGCUUUAGAGCAAUUUAAAGUCAAUUUAUCAAGUCUGCUUCCAAUUAUGGACAAGGUGGCUGAGAAGACAAAUUUGUUUUGGAUGACUCAACAACCUGUUGAAUCAUUGAAAUUAAAUGAAGCUCGGCAAGUGAUUACAAAUGAACAAAUAGAAGAGUACAAUAUGGCCGUACAAGAGAUAUUAGCACCUUCAAACGUCAAGGUAUGGAAAUCUGCAGCUAAAGUGUCUGCAAUAAACGACAGCACUGAAGAUGGUUUGCAUGUGAAACCAGAUCUUGUGCACACAGAUGUGCAGUUGAUUAUAAAUUGGUAUUGUAAUAAACAAUUCAGACCUUUUGAUGGUGAAUUGUACUGUUGCCAGCCCUCGGAAGAAAUGACACCAAUUCAGCAGCUUGUCUUUCUGUUGUUUCUCCUCAGUUUUAUCUAUGGACUUAAUGCUAAAGUGAAACAGUGGUGGCGCAAUUUCAGAGAGUACAUGCGCCCAGUAACACCUUCCUCCCCAGUGAUAAAAACACCCGCAGCGACAUCUUCCACAACUGCCGUACAUAAUGGCCCACUGGGGGAUGUGGAAAACGGUUCAACUCAACCAGUCAAAGUGGAGCCCGCGCCACCGCCACAACCAAGUACACCAAGCCGUGGGGAGGACUACAGUGAAAUUGCAUGGGCACUCGGGAAAUUUGGUCUUAUAAUGCUUUAUUUUUAUAUAUGUGAUAGGAGCGGGUUCAUACCUCGAGAACAAAAACAUUUUACAAGGUUUAGGUUUUAUCUUCCUUUAUGCUACGUUACUUUAUUGGGAUUUUUUUUUAAUGCAAAAACUUCACAGACUGUUAUACUUAAUCGUGAUCAGACAGACGAGUGGAAAGGCUGGAUGCAGCUUGUUAUAUUAAUUUACCAUAUGUCUGGUGCUAGUGCAGAGUUACCUAUUUAUAUGCAUAUUAGAAUAUUAGUUGCAAUGUACCUGUUCCAGACGGGAUACGGUCACUUCUCAUUUUUCUGGAGUAAAGGAGAUUAUGGUUUUGUUAGAUUUAUUCAG